UUUGCGCAUAUGAAGUGCGCAAUUAGAUUUGAGGUCGAGGAAGCAACGUGAGCAGGCCAUAGUGUCGCUGGGCAGUCGCUUUCAAAGUGUGAUAAAAACGGAAUAAGUCGUUUUUUGUUGGAUCUACAAUCAGUACAACGAUGUUUAAUCGGAUGACAAGCCUUUGGAUGGGUGAUUUAGACCCAUACAUGGAUGAAAAUUUCAUCAAGCAGGCAUUCAGUAACAUGGGAGAGACGGCAUAUGGGGUUAAAAUUAUAACACACAGAGUGACUGGAGGAUCAGCAGGAUACUGCUUUGUGGAAAUGGCAGAUGAAGCGAGUGUUGACCGCUGUGUACACAGACUCAACGGGAAACUGGUACCUGGUUCGAAUCCACCCAGGAAGUUUAAGCUGAACUAUGCUACAUACGGGAAGAGGCCAGAGCCAGGCCCUGAAUACUCAGUUUUUGUUGGGGACCUCACCUCCGAAGUUGACGAUUACCAGCUCCACCAGUUCUUCUUGAAGAAAUACCCGUCAUGCAAAGGGGCCAAAGUUGUCACUGACCCGUAUGGAAACUCAAGAGGCUACGGCUUUGUGAAGUUCGGAGAUGAGAGCGAGCAGAAGAAAGCCCUGGAGGAGUUCCAGAACGCAUCUGGACUAGGAGGGAAACCCAUCAGGAUAAGCAUCGCCGUCAACAAGAGCAACAAAUCCAACAACUAUCACAACCAGAAUCAUAACUACAACAACUACCAGCAGCAGUAUUAUCAGCAGCCCUACCAGAACUACUACCCACAGUGGGGCUACGAUCAGUACAGCAACUAUGGAAACUAUGGCUACGGCCCCUAUGGCAACCCUCCACCUAUGCCACCACAUGGGAUGAUGCCUCCACCCCCCAUGGGAAUGCCCCCAGUGCCCCCAGACACGCAGCCCACCACAGAGCAGCCUCAAGAGUCCACAGAGGAAGGCGAAGAGGAUAACGCUGAGGACCCCAACCCCCAUAUGGAUGUGGACACUCUGAAUAGGCAAUACAUGGAUCGCAGCGAGGAGCUCUACGACUCCCUGAUGAACUGCCACUGGCAGCCGCUGGACAGCAUCACGUCAGAGAUCCCAACAACCAGCUCGUGAUGUGUCCCAUCGUCUCCGACCUGAAACCUGGCCCGGUCUUUUUACGAAACAUCCCUUUUUAAAACGCAAACAAUAGCUGAACACUUUACAGACAACGUCCAGUGUUUUCUUUCUCUUUUUUUCUUUUUUUUUUAAUUCAGUUAGGAUUGAGGGUCAACUCCACAUGUUUGUGACCAUAUUAUAUCCCUGAUUAAUGUAUGUACAGAUUUCUUGAUUUUUCUUUUUUUUUGGAAGAACUGCAUUAUAAACAUGUCAGAUUUUGAUUGGGAAUGGCCUGGGGGGGUGGGGUUGCCCUCUGUUUAUGACGGUGCAAUGCAAAAUCCAGUGGUUUGCCAUACUGUGUGUUAGAUUUAUGUUUCCCUGAAGUGAAGACUAAUUUGGUAAUCCAGUGUGAUUAUUGAGAUAAACACGCAUGUCUUUUGUGAUUGAAGUAUUGUAAUAGACAUGUACAGUGGAUUUAGCUUUUAAGAAAUUCAGUUUUUGUCUUUCGCGAUGCAAGUGUUAAUGUCUGGCUGAUUAUUUUACAUCAACAUUAGGACUUGUAUGAAAUAUCAGAGAGUCCAAAUCUUGGCACAUUAACAACUGAACUUGCAACUGAAUGGUCCCACCCCUCUAAAAAAAUAUAUAUUUCCCUUCAUGAUGUCAUGCCAUUUUGUGUUAAAUUUUAUUACGUUUUGAAAAUAUUUUUGUAAUAAAACUCAAACGUUAAUUGGUGGAUAACAUUAAAAGAACACUUUAAUAUGCA